AUGUACCGUCAAUCUUCUUUCCUUCUUCUCGUUCUCAUAUCUUCCACGUCAGCUCAACUCCUAGACAGUAUCAUUAAUAUAUUCGGCGAGAGCCAUGAUCAAGCUAUUCAUGUUGUUGGAAAACUCAACUGUAAUGGACAGCCAUUAGAGAAAGCUAAAAUUAAGUUGUACGAAGAUGAAGUAGUAUUGGAUGUGUUGUUGAUGGAACAGUACACGAACGCCUCUGGAACAGUUGACGUAUUUGGAAGCAAAGCCGAGAAAGGCUGGAUCGAACCUAAAGUUAACAUCUAUCACAAAUGCGAAUAUGACGGGGAUUGCUAUCGCAAGAUCAGCAUAGCUGUUCCUUCCGAAUACAUCGAGUUGGGCAAAGUAGCUCUUACAAAAGUUUUUGACUUUGGUGAUAUGAACGUAGCAGCUAAGUACAAAGGAGAAUCUGUAGACUGUUUCAACUAG